AUGGCUACACCCAAGACCAUGAAAAGCAGGGAGGAGGAAGAGCAGGGGCUGGUCCAGGACGACCCCAGGGAGGGCGCCAUGGGGGACCCCUGGCCUGAAGCCAUCAAAGCCCCAGCGAGGGAGGAGGAGGAAGAGGCCGCCAAGCUGCGGGAGGUGCACGAGGAGGCCUGGAAGCAGAGGACUCCGAGCCCGGGGUCUGCGCAGGAGAAGACGGAGGCCGACGCCCGCUCCGUGCACGUGGACAACGUGGACUACGGCGCCACGGCGCAGGCGCUGGAAGCCCACUUCCACGCGUGCGGCUCCGUCCUGCGCGUCUCCAUCCUCUGCGACAGGGUCACUGGCCAUCCCAAAGGGUUCGCCUACGUCGAGUUCUCGGAAGAGGAGUCGGCGCGCGCAGCUUUGGCCCUGGACGGAUCCCUGUUCCGUGGAAGACAAAUCAAGGUGGUGACAAAACGAACCAACAUUCCGGGUAUAAGCAGCACAGACCGCGGUUUUCCCCGUGCCCGCUUCCGUGCCUGUCGUGCCCACUACAGCGCUUCCCCAUCUCCAUUCUACAGUGCUGUGAACCGCAGGCCCCGGGGUCGAGUGUACAGGGGCUGCGCCAGAGCGAGAUCAGCGUGUUAUUCCCCUUUCUGGAAGUAA